ACAAGUUUUUUGUGGUGCCUCGAACUAACCGCCAACAUCGUCGGACCGAUCGGACCGAUUGGACCGAUGAAAAUGCAAAUGAGCGGUGGUCAGCGCUGAAAGAACUCGCAGCUUGAACCCAUCCCAGCACGGUCCAAGCAUCCAAGCAUCCAACCGAUCCAUUCAUCCGUUCUUCAGUGUGAAAAUGUGCGGCAAUCCGAAUACGCGUCUGCUCUCGCGGCUCAUCAUCGAUUUCCUCAUCCUGCUGGGUGUCUAUGGUGCGGCACUGGUGGUCCUGCCCCAGCAGCUGGCCACAGCACAGCGGGGCUUCCACUGCAGCGACCCCAGCCUCCGCUACCCGUAUCGCCAGCCCUGGCUGACCAAGGUCCAUCUGACGAUCGCCGUAGUGGCAUUGCCCGCUGCCUUCGUGCUCGUCGUGGAGAUGCUGCGAGCCGCCUUCGUGCCCAAUGCGGCCGAGCUGAAGCAGCGAUUCGUCUUCGUGGGCGCACGGAUACCGAGCUUCAUCAGCGAGUGCUACAAGAUCAUCGGGGUGUAUCUGUUCGGCCUGGGGCUGACGCUGCUCGUCAUACGGCUGACCAAGUACUCGACCGGACGUCUGCGUCCGUAUUUCUUCGACGUGUGCCAGCCCACCUGGGGCGAGGAGGGUUCGCAGAGCUGCGCCGACCCGUCCUCUUUGCCCGAAAACUACACUUCACGCUACAUCGAGGACUUUGGCUGCACAGAGUUUGCCGCUUCGCAGGAUCUGCUCGCGCUGGUGCGCCACUCCUUUCCCAGUGGCUUUGUGACCUCCACCUGCUAUGCCAUGGCAUUCCUGGUCUUCUAUGCCCAGGCCAGGCUCUUCGCUUCCUGGCUGAGACUGCUCCGCUCCACGCUCCAGCUGGCCUGUGCAUCGGCGGCUCUCGUCGUGUGCUGGGAGCGCAUCUCCACGUUUCAGAAUCAUCUGUCGGAUGUGGCGGCGGGUGCCGCCUUCGGUGGCCUGCUGGCCUUCUACGUGACUGUGUUUGUGGCCCACCUGUUCGAGGAGGUGCGCGUGAAGCGACGACAGUGGCCCAGGAACGAGCAGAUCUACGGCUAUGCGGGCUACUACAAUCGAGCCACUUAUGGAUAUUGA